AUGGUAAUGACGAGUCGCCUUCAUCUGGCCCUAUGUCUGCUUGUUCCAGUCAGCCAACCAACAUGGGGGAUUCGCUUCGGAACACGUUCCAACGCAUCCAAACCGAUGUCGGGUCGCCCAAUGGAGGGCGCUUUCUUCGGGUAUGGCUCCUCCGUUAGCAGUCGAAUUUCUUCGGUUUCGCCAACAUCACGAAUUUCAAAAGUCGGUGAGCGUCGUUCACCGUUAUGGCAAAAACGCUACAGAACGCAUCGGACGUCAUUGUUCAACCGUUUGCCUUCUUCAAAUCGGCAGAUUGCCAACCGAGAGGAAUCUUUGAGACGACAAAGAAUUUCACCAAAUGCAGCUUCACGUCAGAAUCAUGCUAGUGAAGAGAGAAGCAAUUGGCAAGCCGCUUCGGAGCCAUCGCUUCCGCCGCUGGAACCAUCUAGCCCUCUCGAACCUUCCUGGUAUAUGGCUUUUAGAUCUGGCCCACUUGAGCCAUCCUUUUAUUCCCCAAGAUCUUUGUCGAAUGCAGUUCCACGUCAGAAUCAGUCGAGAUUGCCGACGGCAUCGGCAUCAAGCAAUUGGCGAGCCGCUUCGGAGCUUCCGUUGCCGAAGCUGGAGCCAUCCGGGCCUCUAACACCCUCUUGGUAUAUGGCUUUCAGAUCCGGCCCACUUGAGCCAUCAUUCUAUGCCCAAAAUGGUCCGACGGCUUCAUUUGGUAGUACUCGCAAAGCUCCUCGAAAAGUGCAAACUGUUCCAUCAGUUGGAGUUGAUAUUGGAGAUGUUGAUAAUAACUUACUGAAUGUCCCAGAAAUACAAGGACAGCAAGAGCAACAUUCUGUUCAGACGACAAACAAAAUAGAAUCCGUCAAACGACAAAAAACUUUCCCAAGUUCAGUUCCAUGUCAGAACCGUACCAAUGGAACGUCAAAAGCAUCGGUAUCAAGCGGAUUGCAAGCCGCUUCGGAGCCGCAGUUGCCGAUACUGGAACCGUCCGGCCCUCUUGAACCAUCAUGGUAUAUGGCUUUCAGAUCGGGUCCUCUUGAGCCGUCAUUUUAUGAAAAAAGAGUUUUCUCAAAUGCAGUCCCACGACAAGACCACGCUAAUGAAGCAUCAGCGUCAAACAAUUUCCAAGUCCCUUCGGAGCACCCAAUGCCGACGCUGAAACGGUCAGGCCCUCGUGAACCUUCCUGGUAUAUGGCAUUUAAAUCCGGUCCAAUUGAGCCAUCGUUUUGUGCUCAUAUCGAUGCGUUGGCUUCAAUUGAUGAUGCUAACGAUGUUGAAAUGGAGAAUCUUAGCACAGAAGAAGAAACUGAUUAG